UAAAUACGGUUUCCAUUUUUUUCUUCACCUUUUCUUCUUCUUCUCCACAGACAAAAUUGAAAAAAACCAGAAAAAAAAUCCUCUUUUUACUCACAGAAACGAAGUAAUAGUUCAUCUCUGAUACCCCAUUGAAGUAUUUUCUUUGGGGGUCAGAGUUAUUUUUCUUUUUCUGGACCUUUUUUGGUUUCUGUAAACGGUGUGUUUAAAUUUGCAGGAAUUUGUUGUGUAGCAACUGGGAAGUGAUAGCGGAACUUGGGUUUUUAGGGGAUUUGGAGAGGUGGGUCAUCGGUAUUUUUGACUGAAAAUGGGUGUUUCACAGGCUGAUCAUAGUAGGAUGGAAGGGUGGUUAUAUCUUAUUCGUUCAAAUAGGUUUGGACUUCAGUAUUCACGAAAGCGGUACUUUAUUCUUCAGGAUCAGUUUCUUAAGAGCUAUAAAUCUGUACCAGUUCCUGAAAAUGAGGAUCCUAUUAGAAGUGCAGUUGUUGAUUCCUGCAUUCGUGUAACAGACAAUGGCAGAGAGAGCAUUCAAAGAAAAGUCUUUUUCAUUUUCACACUUUAUAACACCUCAAAUCAUAAUGAUCAGCUGAAGUUAGGAGCAAGCAGUCCCGAGGAAGCUGCAAGGUGGAUCCAGGCAGUUCAGGAAGCAGCUUUAAAGGCAGACGUGAACAGAGGAAAGGAAGUUGAUUUUUCAAGCAGUGGUUCGCAGUCUUUGAGGUUAAAUUGUUCCAACAAGUCUAAUCGUCUGAAUUCGAUUGAUUGGACUGUCUGUUCAUCCUCAGUUACAGAUGCUAUGACGUCUGAUGUUGUUGCACCCUCACCUUGGACAAUCUUUGGUUGUGAGAAUGGUCUUAGGCUCUUCAAGGAAGCUAAAGAUAGGGAAUCUCUUGGAAAGUGGGAUGAUCACCCUGCGAUAAUGGCUGUUGGCGUAGUUGAUGGAACUUCUGAGGCCAUUUUCCAGACACUCAUGUCACUUGGUUCUUCAAGAUCAGAAUGGGAUUUCUGUUUCUACAAGGGCAGUGUGAUUGAACAUCUUGAUGGUCACACUGAUAUAGUUCAUAAGCUUCUAAAUCAGGACUGGCUACCUUGGGGUAUGACAAGAAGAGAUCUUCUUUUGCAGCGUUAUUGGAGAAGGGAGGAUGACGGGACUUACGUUAUUCUGUACCAUUCAGUGUUUCACCAGAAGUGUGCACCUCAAAAGGGCUACGUUCGUGCUUGCCUUAAAAGUGGAGGAUAUGUUAUAUCACCAGUUAAUCAAGGGAAGGGGUCAGUAGUCAAGCAUAUGCUUGCUAUCGACUGGAAAUUCUGGAAAUCAUAUGUACGAACAUCUGCAGCCAGAUCUAUAACAAUACGCAUGCUUGGGAGACUUGCUGCUUUGCGGGAGCUUUUCAGUGCAAAAAUAGGAAAUUACUUGCCCUCUGAUGUCUCAGGGGAGCUGAUCAAAAGCAAAAGAUCGUGUCAAGUUGAAGAAGAAAUUAAACUUGAAGUGCAAACCCGGUUGGAAAAUGGAAUGAGUGUGGCGGAUCUGGAGGAAGAAGUAGUUAAAACACCUUCAAGCUUGAUGGGUUUAAAUGAUGCGGCAGAUGAGUUCUUUGAUGUCUCUGAGCCACUGGAUUAUGACCAAACAGAAAAUGACUGGUCUUCUGAUUUUGGACCAGAGACAUACUCUCAGGAUGCACGUCAUCCCAAAUUGUCAACUGCUGCAGUUAUCGUGAAGAGACUGCAUGAUCUUGCAGUUCAGAAGAAGGGUUAUGUAGAUCUGCAUGAAAUGGUAAAGGAAGAUGUAUCAAUUUGCCACUACGGAUCCACUCUACCAAAAGAUUCAACUUGUAAUUUGCCUUGCAGUUGGACUGAAACAGAUCCUUCUACUUUUCUUAUUCGUGGAGAGACCUACCUAGAUGAUCGUAAGAAGAUCAAGGCUAAAGGCACCUUGAUGCAAAUGGUGGGCGCGGAUUGGUUGAAGUCUGACAAACGAGAAGAUGAUCUUGGUGGUCGACCUGGGGGAAUUGUUCAGAAAUAUGCAGCAAAGGGGGGUCCGGAAUUCUUCUUCAUUGUGAACAUUCAGGUCCCAGGUUUAACAACAUAUACUCUCGCUCUCUACUAUAUGAUGGAUACCCCUUUAGAGGAUUCACCUUUGCUGGAGAGUUUUGUCAAAGGAGAUGAUGCUUAUAGAAACUCAAGGUUCAAGCUCAUACCAUACAUAUCCAAGGGAUCAUGGAUAGUCAAGCAGAGUGUUGGGAAGAAAGCUUGUCUUAUUGGUCAAGCGCUAGAAAUUAAUUAUUUUCGUGGAAAGAACUACAUAGAGCUUGGUAUCGAUAUUGGCUCAUCUACUGUGGCAAGGGGUGUUGUCAGCCUUGUUGUUGGUUACCUAAACAAUCUAGUCAUUGAGAUGGCCUUUCUUGUCCAGGCCAACACACCCGAAGAACUCCCUGAAUAUCUUCUAGGUACCUGCCGUCUUAACCAUCUGGAUGUUUCUAAAGCCGUACAAGUGAAGCCUUGAUCUUUGUAUAAUCUCAGUUUAUUUUCUAAACAUUCUAGUGUAUUUUAGGUUAGUCCAUAUGCUUACAGGAAUGUAGGGUUAUUUGCACAGGAAACAUGAACAUUAAACUGCAAAAACUUUUGUAAAGUGACUAGUGGAUGUCCAAUUCUUUGAUUCAAUCAAAAGCCAACACCAGUAGAGUGCUGCAUUCAGUGUAUAUUUUUACAGUCAACAAAGCUAUACCUUGAGUAA